AACGCGAUUGCGUUACAUCACUCUCACAUCACCAGCGCAGAAGCUGCUUCUACAGAAAGAGUAAAUAUUGUCGUUUUUGUUCAUCUAACUGUUGUAAUGAGCCGUUUUAUUUCUCGCCUGCGGAGAACUUUUGGAAUAGUUAAAGAAAAUGUCGGAACAGACCAUUUAGGAAAUAAAUACUACUACAUACCCGAACAGAAGACAUGGACAGGACGGGUUGUCCGGCCCAGGCGGUUCGUGGAGGCCUCCGUUACAAAAGAGUUUGAAUACGUGGAGGGACAGAUUCCUUCCGAAUGGGAUGCUUGGAUUAGAGGUAGACGCAAGCAUCCACCCACGGCAGAGGAGCUGCAGGAGAAUCAGUGCUACCAAGAACAAAUCAAAAUCAGGGCUCGUGAGGCUGAAGACAGAGACCUCGAGCUGCAAGCCAAAGCCUACGAAGAGGGACUUGUGGCUCAACCUGUUCAGACUCAGAUUACAGGUCACGCUGCCACUGCGCAGUUUGGACAAUCUAAAACCAGUGAGGAUCCUGUUAGCACUGCCAACACGUUCCAACCUGGGUCCUGGGCACCUCCCAAAAAAUAGGGCUGUCUCAAACUUUACUCUUACUCAUGUCUAGAUUAUGAAACAUUUCUAUAAAAGAUUGAAUUACCCCCUGAUGUAAUUUAGUACUUCAUUAAACCUUGCAAUACUUUGACUAA